GCCCUGCUAUUUUGCUAUAGUUUGGGAGGAGCUGUGUGAAAUGCCUGGGACUCAGUGGACACCGAGUGAACGCUGGAGGUGUGCUGUCUGCACCAGUGACCUGAAGCUACGUUAUCCACCCUGUGGGCUCCCUCCCCAUCAGUUUUCUGUACGUGUGUUUGGGGUAGAGGCCUUCGAUGCCAUGGGAAACCAUCUUCUGCUGGUGGUACGGGAGGAGUGCACCGAAAGAGGAUGUCUGCCAUAUUGUUCCUGAACGUGUGUUUCUCUGCUGUCACUUCCAGAGCCUCCUGAGAUUCUGCUUUGGCACCUCCAGCAUUUGGCCUCCGCUCAGGAGAAAAAAGCAACUAACAAAACACAGAAAUAAGGAGGAUUAUUCAAUAUGCAGUUUGCAGGAUGCCCAUGGCAACAUUGAAAAUGAAUUCCUUAUUUUCACCAGAUAUUCUUCUAUGAGAAGACACGUUUCAAACAGUUUGAAUAGUUUUUAUUCUGUUGGACCAGCAUGGCAGGAUUCAAGCGAGGAUACGAUGGGAAGAUUGCUGGAUUGUAUGAUCUGGAUAAAACCUUGGGCCGAGGUCACUUUGCAGUGGUUAAGCUUGCCAGGCAUGUCUUUACAGGUGAAAAGGUGGCAGUAAAAGUUAUUGACAAGACAAAGUUGGACACACUAGCCACUGGUCACCUUUUCCAAGAAGUGAGGUGCAUGAAACUGGUGCAGCAUCCCAACAUCGUACGUCUCUAUGAAGUGAUUGACACCCAAACCAAACUGUAUCUCAUUCUGGAACUUGGGGAUGGAGGAGAUAUGUUCGAUUACAUAAUGAAACACGAGGAGGGACUUAAUGAAGACUUGGCCAAGAAGUACUUUGCUCAGAUAGUUCAUGCUAUAUCUUAUUGCCAUAAACUCCACGUGGUUCACAGGGACUUGAAACCUGAGAAUGUGGUCUUCUUUGAAAAACAAGGUCUUGUGAAGCUGACAGACUUUGGUUUCAGCAACAAAUUUCAGCCAGGAAAGAAGCUCACUACCAGCUGUGGGUCUCUCGCAUAUUCUGCUCCAGAAAUUCUGCUUGGGGAUGAGUAUGAUGCACCUGCAGUAGAUAUAUGGAGUCUGGGAGUGAUCCUUUUCAUGUUGGUGUGCGGGCAGCCACCCUUUCAAGAGGCCAAUGACAGUGAAACAUUGACAAUGAUCAUGGAUUGUAAAUACACGGUCCCAUCCCAUGUGUCUAAAGAGUGUAAAGACCUGAUCACCCGGAUGCUACAGAGAGAUCCCAAGAGAAGGGCCUCUUUAGAAGAGAUUGAAAACCAUCCUUGGCUUCAGGGUGUGGACCCUUCGCCAGCCACCAAGUAUAACAUCCCCCUGGUGUCCUACAAGAACCUCUCGGAGGAGGAGCACAACAGCAUCAUUCAGCGCAUGGUGCUUGGGGAUAUAGCGGAUCGAGAUGCCAUUGUCGAAGCCCUGGAGACCAACAGGUACAACCACAUCACGGCCACGUACUUCCUGCUCGCCGAACGGAUCCUGCGGGAGAAGCAAGAGAAAGAAAUCCAAACCCGGUCUGCCAGCCCCAGCAACAUCAAGGCCCAGUUUAGGCAGUCGUGGGCCUCGCGCAGCGCCGGGGAGCUGGUGCAGAGCCUCAAACUCAUGGGCCUCUGCCUGGGCUCGCAGCUCCGCGGGGGCACCAAGUACAUUCUUGACCCGCAGCACGGCCUGUCCUUCUCCAGCGUCAAGGUCCAGGAGAAGUCCACGUGGAAGAUGUGCAUCAGCUCCGCGGGCAACCUGGGCCAGGCCCCCGUGGUGGGCAGCCUCAAGUUCUUCUCCGACCACGUGGCGGACAGCACCACUGAGCUAGAACGGAUACAGAGCAGGAACCUGAAAAACAACGUGCUCCAGCUACCUCUGUGCGAAAAGACCAUCUCUGUGAACAUCCAGCGGAACCCCAAGGAGGGGCUGCUGUGCGCCUCUGGCCAGGCCACCUGCUGCCACGUCAUCUGACAGUGGCUGCCCGGCCACGCUCACUCUUCCUGCUCAAAGCAGUGAAGACCGGCUCCCUUCACUGUUUGCUCUCGGUUUUACCCUCCCAGCGGGCAGUUAUUUAUUACGCUUCCCUUCGUUCGCCUGGCGCUGUGACAAUGCAUGGUCCUUGUGCAUGCUGCUGCUAGACACUGCUUUUCCGUUCCAGCCGAAAAGUCAAUCUCGUGUGUCACUUUUACAUUCAGAAUUUUAGUGUGGAUGAUCAGGAUUAAAUUAAAAUGUAUAUUUGGAACCUAAUAUAAAUGGAGCACUUAGAAAUUUGAUGUUCCGCACUUAACCUAGACAGAGAAAACAUGCUUGUGUUUCCUUGUUGAAAAAUCUAAAUUCCUGUCCUGACCUUGUUACGCGGAGACUCCGUGCUCUGGGGCACACUCUGGUGUCCGAUACAGAACCAAAGCAAUAACAGUGAGAUGCCGACAGGCCUGGAGCCCGCGGACGUGCCCGCCAGCUUUCCGAGGCUGCGCAGGACAGAGUACAGCCAACGUCUGCACUAGAACCUUAAACCGAGAUUUCAACACACCCACACCUGUUUGUCUUAAGCUAUAGUGUGAAAAAAGUUUGGGCUCUUAAAAAUUAACUGAAAAAGAUUUUCUUGUUUUGUAAUAGGUGAGAUAAAGUACUUAGAUUUAUAAGGCAGCUUCCCCUGUAGUGGUAAAUGACAAGCAGACAAUCUUCUUUUGUAAUGUGUGAACUGAUGAUGUCUUAACUCUACUUACAGAGUGUGUCUGUGUAACAGAACAAAAUGACGCUCGUGUAAACUCCUUCCCGCAGGGCACCGCCCAGGUUUCCUUCAGAACCAUGUAGAUAGAAGAAACUGUAGGGCUUAACGUGGAGGCCAAGUGCACUCAGAGGUGGGCAGAGUCAAAACCCGGUCAUUGAGAAAAACAUAUAUAAACACAUAUAUGUAUAUACAUGGGUUGAUUUUUACGAGUUUGGUAAUUAGGUUGUCUCUUUUGUUACUUCCAUUUUAUAUCCUUUAGCUCAAUUAGCUAUGACAAUUGGCUAAUCAAAAAAUACACAUAGAAGGGUAGAAUCCACACAAUCAACAAACAAAACCUGCUUCAGUUUUGUUUUUUUGCUGGAAAUAUUUUUCACUUUGCCUUCCUGCCAAAACAAUAAUCAAGAACUCUUGCUUUAAACUAUUCCUGUACAGAGACUCCUUUUGACCAGAUAAUCAUCUUUCGAGACAAAUUUUAUCUGUAGGCACAGUGUAUUGCACAUUGCUGAUUGCGGAAGGGGCCAGAUGCUACUUUUCUAUGCUGUGCCCCGAGGGGUCUUAGAUGCUUAGCUGCAUUGGUGAUAGGAUGCGGCUGGGCCCGGGCCUUCCCACGCUCAUCAGCCUCCAGUGAGGUGUCUGGUCCACACAGUGGCGGAGCCCCAGGGGACGGCAUGCCAUUGGGCAAUGCCUCCAAGUGUACACUGACCUUGCUACGUUAGUACCCAUCUGUUUUACUCAGAGCUCUGAAUUUCACUGUAUACUUACUAGACUAAGUAAAGAUGAUACUUCAAAUACUUUUACUUUCUAGGCCUAGGCUAGAUGUGUUUUAAGCUAUAGCUCUAGUUCAGUGUGAUAUUUAUCAUUGAAAGCUAUGAGAAUAGGUGUGUGGGUGAAGCCAUAGAACACAUUUGCUUGAAAUUCUUGAGCAGGGAUCUUAUAAAGGGCCAGAAAUAAGAUGUGUGGUUCACAUAGACAGUGAGCGUAACAUCUGUAUUAAACAUAGGAGAGAAGUUUAUAAAGGGCAUUGGCAAUAAACUCUUUGUUGCAGCUGUUUUCCAAGCAAUGUAAAUACUUUUUCCUGUGAUUAUGUAUAGCCUUGGAAUGGCACAUUUGAACCCGUAUGUGUUCGGUUUUCGUUGUGUUUUUUAUAUUCAGAUGUAUAUAUGGUGCUCACUCUAGGAUCAGCAGUGUUGACCAUUUAUGCUGCAUAGCUGUAUUAUAGCCUUAUUAGUGGUGUGUGGUUGGUUGGCCCUCUGGGUAGACAGAUGUUUGUCUGAGUGGUGUCUUACUCCUUUGUUCCUAAGUGAAUGACUGUGCAUGUGUUGUAUGUCAUAGUAUGUUGUCCCAUAAAAGAGAGGGAGCGAAUAACCAUUACAUUAAGAUAAUAUUGGACCAAACUACUUACUUGCUCUAAACAGUUUCCUGUACCCUUUAACCUGUCUUCAGAAGUUGCAUAGAGUUACAGUAGCGUGUAAAUUAAAUAUUGUGGACAAUUAGUCUUGUAUUUUUCUGUAUGUGUGUGUAUAUAUAUACAUAUGUGUGUAUAUAUAUAUAUAUAUAAAAUAUGUACUUCUGACAAUUCUAUCUGUAUUUAAAGAUGUGACAAUCUUGACACCGACUUUAAGAAUAGCCGUGAGACUGAAUCAAAUUAAAGGUAUUUCUACCACGUAAGCGCUGAUGUGUGUGAAGCGUAUACAGAAUGAUCAACUGAUUGGUCAUUUGCGUCCACUGCGGGUUGAUUUUCCUCGUCGUGUGAACAUGGACAGGUCUGUGACAAGUGGGAGAAAAUCCAAACAAUAAAGUGGCAGAUUGGUGUUCAGCAAUA